AUGUUCUGGCCCAAGCAUACAUUUCCAAAGUCGGUUGCUGCUAUCCUUAGGAAAGGGCUUUGGGCGGAAAGUGAAAAGGGCGAAAAUGACUACCAAUUAGCUCUAAAGUACUAUUUAGAAGCUCUUGAGCAUUGUAAUGAAAUUGGCAUGGAUACUCUUUCUGAUGAAUACACGGGAAUCCAAUUGAAAGUAGGAGAAAUGUUUGAACGUCUCAACAUGCCCCAGGACGCAGCAUUUGUAUAUAACGAGAUUGCCACGUUAUAUUUGAUGGUUUUGACAGCAACACCAGAGUCAGAACAAGGUAGAAGAAUCAACGACAGAGAGCAUAGACGUCAUCUCAUCCAGAAAGAUUUGAGAAUCGCAACCAAGUUGGUAGAGUUGAACCGAGACAAUCCACAAUUGUGUCGAGCAAUCUUGAUUACCCACUUGAUUAUUGCUCAGGACGAAGUUAGAAAACAGUCUCCAUCGUCUGCUAGCCAAUUGGCUAAGUUAACCCUGCCUGAUGAGGUGCACACAACAGACAACUAUAAGGCUACUGUACAUGACGACUCAAUAGUAAUUAGGAAUGGAGAUGUAGUCACUAGUUUCAAAAAGAGUCCUGAACUAUGGGAGCCUUUUGCAGAGGAGUACUUCAAUGCCAUGGACUUGUUGGGUGCUUUCUGUAUUUCACUUGGAGACUUAUCCAUGGCUUCUAAAGUGAAGAUAUCCAUGACUGAGUCCAUGUUAUUGGCAGAUGUUGAACCACACAAGAUUCUUCUUUCCCAGUGUAAUCUAGGAUCCUUGCUUUACUUGCAGGCUGAAGAGUUUCAAGCGCAAGAAAUUGCAUGGAGAAGAAAAUUCUCCCAACAAUCGGGUAUUGAAUACGAGAAGAUCAAGAAACAGGUUCAGAAGGAGUUGGAAAAAGCUAUCCCUGCUGCUGAUAAAAUAAAAUAUGAAGAAUCCAUUGCUUCAAAAGAUAAAUGUCUCCAAUUAUCAAUCAAAUCCUACGAAUCAGUACUUGAGUUUGCCAAAGGUUUACCUCAGGAAAUCGUCAAGGGCAAUACCGCAGUCGGUGAAGGAGUAGCAUUAGCCACUUAUGGGUUAGGUGUUGUAUAUCUUCAUCUUUCGCAAUAUGAUAAAGCUGAGAGAUUGUUGAGAGAGUCGAGAGUUAGGUCGAAGAACUGUGGCUACGAUGAAUUGAUCACUCAAAUUGAACGUGAAUUGAAUAAGUUAUUCAAAGAAAAGAAGAAUUUGAAGAUUGCAGAUCCUAAGAAUCCAGCCCCUACUGAUGAAGACAUUGAGAUAGAUAUCCUCUUGAAGAAAACAUAA